CCCGGCGACAGCGUCCGCCCACCUUGCCUCCCCGGGGCCGCAGCGCUCAGCGUCCCUAGCUCAGGCACGACCGGCCAGUUUCAGCGCCUGGGCCUCCAGACGGCAGACCCGGCUCCUUCAGCGUCGGCGCUGCGUAGAUUUGUCCUACAGCAGCAGCUGGCUGCAAGGAAGCCGUCCAGACUCCAGAGUAAAGGGCGUCCCUUGUUGUCGAGGGGGUGGGCAGAGUCCCCUGUAGAGAGGGCAGUGUCCCCUGGAGUGAGGGCGGUGGUCAAAGUCCUGGAGCAAGGUGGGUGGGCAGGGUACCCCGUGGAGUGAGGUGUUGGGGACAGGUGGCUAGGCGUCCACUAUAGUGCAGUGCAGAGGGGGAACUGCGUGCAAGUUGAUCACUGCUGAUGGGUUGAUCAAAAUGAGUGUGUCCUGGAACAGUUCAGAAGGGCAGGCUGUGUCUUAGCAAACUAAGGGACUUUAAUACUCAGACCGAAUGUGCAAUGGGGUGGGUUUAAAGAAUGUAAUACUUAUCCUACCGCACGUGGAUUCAGUAGGUGAAUUGUGUGAAAAAGGUAUACUUGUAACCUGGAGCCAUGGCCUGCACCGUUAGGAACUGGAGAAAGUGGAUCCGGCCCUUGGUUGUAUUCAUGUACAUUGUGGGUCUUUUGGUUGCUAUUCCCCUCUGUAUCUGGGAGCUGCGGAAAUCUCAGGUUGGAACUCACAACAAAGCAUGGUUCAUUGCAGGCAUUUUUGUGUUUAUGACUAUUCCAAUAUCACUCUGGGGCAUUUUGCAACAUUUAGUGCAUUAUACUCAACCGGAAUUACAGAAACCAAUAAUAAGGAUCCUGUGGAUGGUACCUAUUUAUAGUUUAGACAGCUGGUUAGCCCUGAAAUAUCCUCACAUUGCUAUAUAUGUGGAUACAUGUCGGGAAUGCUAUGAAGCAUAUGUCAUCUAUAAUUUCAUGAUCUUCCUACUGAACUACUUGACCUAUCAGUACCCAAACCUGGUGAUGCUACUUGAAGCUAAGGAUCAACAAAAACAUCUGCCCCCUCUCUGCUGUUGUCCAUCUUGGCAUAUGGGAGAGGUGUUGCUGUUUAGGUGCAAGCUUGGAGUUCUGCAGUAUACGGUUGUCAGACCAUUUACAACAAUAAUCGCAUUAAUCUGUGAGCUCGUUGGUAUUUAUGAUGAGGGGAACUUCAGCUUCAAAAACGCUUGGUCGUACCUGGUUAUAAUUAACAAUGUUUCACAGCUCUUUGCCAUGUAUUGUCUUGUGCUAUUUUAUAAAGUACUGCGAAGUGAAUUGAACCCCAUCCAGCCGGUGGGCAAGUUUCUCUGUGUGAAACUAGUUGUCUUUGUAUCCUUCUGGCAAGCUGCCUCUAUUGCUUUACUUGUGAAAGUUGGAGUGAUAUCUGACAAACGUACAUGGGACUGGGAAAGCGUGGAAGCUGUGGCUACCGGUCUCCAGGACUUUAUAAUUUGUAUUGAAAUGUUCUUUGCUGCGAUUGGUCAUCACUACAGCUUUUCCUAUAAGCCCUACAUACAGGAAGCUGAGGAAGGCUCCUGCUUGGAUUCAUUUCUUGCCAUGUGGGAUAUCUCUGACAUCAGAGCGGACAUAUCAGAACAAGUGCGACAUGUUGGAAGGACCGUAUUAGGUCAACCAAGGAAAACUAAUGUUACUGCUGAAGAGGAACACAAUGAACAUACCAGUCUUCUCUCUUCAGCGAGCCAGGACCAAAAUUCUGACACCUCAUCUCUCCCACCUUCUCCAAUGGGAUAUUAUCAAGGGUUUGGACGAACACAUGCAGCUCUUGCACCCCAUGAUGUUGAUGAUUUACCAACAGAGAAGGAAAAUGAAGAUGCCUUAACUUCUGUGCCCAGUAAUUCAUCAUAAAACUCCUAAUCUAGAUUGAGACGUUGUCUCUUAAACUUUGACCUCGAGUUUGCAUUGAGGCCACACCUUCACUUCAGGUUCUCCUAUGGAUGAGUUCAACUCUAAAAAUGGUAUAUAGAAAUCUAAUGCUGUAUAUUAAAACAAACUAUGAUAAAUGCACAGAACUUUGUACUAUAAAACGUACAUGAAAUAACUUCAACAAUACUGUAGAAGAUGUCUAUGGUGAUUUUUAAUGAUAGAAAUUGCAAAAUGUUGUCCAAACCAUUGCAAAAUCCAUCACAUCCAAAUGACUAACAACUAUUGUUGCAGUCAAAAUUGGCUGAUGUAUUUUGGAAAUGGUACCAUGAUGCAAUCUGGGUAUUUUAACUUGUUUGCUUUGGCUUUAUUUGGGAGAUCAAAUUGAGCACACUUUAGGGACAAAAAAACAUAUUUCCAUAAAUAGUUCUGUAUUGAAAAUCUAGAGCAACACAAGGACUAGAUGGUAACAGAUCCCUGAAGAUCACUGGACAGCUAGAUAUGGCAACAGACAAGAUAUUUCCCUUCAUUGACAGGCGUGGAGAACAUGCUAGAACUGUAAAAUCUAAUUUGCAGCUGUAUACGGUUUUGGUCACAGGAGGAACGAUAGUGAUAGGUGGGGUGCAGAGAUAUUGCCAGUGGUUAAAGUUUAGUGAUGAAGUGGCAUUAGUGAAUUUAAAGUGGCAUCCUUGGAAUUGUACACUGAUGGGACAUUUAAUAUUGUCAAAGGCUUAUGUGGAGUUGAUCUAUUUCCCUUAACAGAGUGGUUAAUAAUUAGAGGCUGCAGGUUGAGGAGAUGGGUAGAUGAGAGUGAGGGAGAGAAAAGGGAGGUUGAAAGUGAAUGCUCGAACAGUUAGUUAGUUGGGGGAGCUGGGGUUGGUGUCUAAAUUUAAAAAGUACCUGGAUAAGCAUUUGACGUGCAGUGCCCUAUAGGGCUGCAAAUCAAAGCUGAGUAGCAGUCAGAAUAACCUACUGCCAUGACUGGCAUGGACAUUCAACCUUAAAUUUCUCUAAAGCAUUUUUUUUAUUUCAAUGGUUAUUUACUGGAAUUUACUACGGUUUAUGAUUUUCUCUUCACUUCUAUUUAUUUACCGAGAAUAAUUAUUUCAAGGCGCAAUGGAGAGAAACCAGACCUGUUCAAUGUUUGUUACGGUUAUCAAUGAUGAUAGUUGAUGGAUAAACUUGUGCAUAAACUCUUUGUAAUUAUUAUUUUUUGCUUACAUAUCAUUCUUUGGGCUGUAAAUCAUUUUGGAACUUCCUGACUAUAUGAAGUGCACUUUAUAAAUGUAAGUUCUGGUUUUAUUUUUCAUUUCCUGAGUCUUUCAUGUAUUGUGAGGCAGUUACUAUUUUUGUUUUUGCUCCACUUUAGCCAUUCAGUACUCUCUUACACUUCAUGAUAUUCAUCCUUUUGGAGAGGUGGGGGGAGAAAGAGGGAUGAAAAGCACCAACUGCUGGUAUUUAUAAAGCAUUUAACAUAGCAAGAUGUCCUGGUAUUCCAAAUAUUAUGGAGUAUGACAGGCUUGGGUGGAAACCCUUUCCUUUUCUGUUACCUAUUAUACUAGCCAGUAUAAAGCUUAGUGCUAUAUAAUGUGAGAGAGCUUUACAGACUUGGACAUCAUUGUUCAUUGGGAGGGUAGGGUAGAGGGACUAAUAGUGGGCGUUUACACCCACAUGAUGCGAGCAUUCUGUUGGAUGCUGAACUAGGAAGCACCUUUAGCUACAAGAAUAUUACAAAGCAUUCAAUUUUUACAUUUUGAAAUGAAUUCUGCCUAUCCUGGGUAUAGAUUGUCCAAUGUACAAUAUCUCUGAUUUGUUACAUUACACAUCAUGGUAAACGUAAGAUUUAUUCUAAAACAAUAACUAUAAAUCCAUACUGUGCAGUUUGUGAAGUCAAACUGUGAGCAAGCAGUAUAAUUCUGCAGUGCUAAUUAAUUCAUUAACAUUACUUGGGUUGCAGCAGAAGGUACGGUAAAUAAAUCUAAUAGAUUUAUUUCCUGUAUUUUUUGGAAAAAUAUUGCAGAUCCACCUCUCCAGCUGAAAACUAGUUAUAUUUGUACUUCUGUUUUUUCAAGUACAUGAAAAAAAAAUUAUGGUUACUACUUUGGACUUGCCAAUUCAAGAUUAAUAUUGUUAAGUACAUCCUCACCUCAAUGUUUCAAACCUGUGUAGAAUCAUGCAUCACAAUUGUUGCAAUACUUAGCUCCUCUCAAACAUACAUAAAAAUGUUAUUUUUGGAUUUCUUCCUCAAUGCUGUAACUUGGAAAAGUCUGAGUGUGAAUUGCAAUGGUAGCUUCAUCGCUAUUCUUGUAAAAUGUUUUAACAGUAAGAUGUAUUCUUCUGUCCAUGUAAAAUGUUAAGUAACUGUUACAUGGUAAAGUGUCCGAUUUAUGACAGAAUAAAUUAACCUUGCCUUGUAUAAAUCAAACUGAUAAUCUGCCAAAUACUGUGAGCAUUAUGCUCAGAAAUAUGUAACUUGCAACUUCUACCUGUUAAACUUUCUCUGUUAAGAGAUUAAUUUGGAUGGUGGAAUCACUUCAAUUUACACAUUACAGGUCCUCUCUGGGUUAGGCCAGGGUUUCUUUCUUGCGAACUGUUCAUAACAUGAACUGAUAUGUCUUCAGCCCCACAGCAGCCAAUAAAUCCAUACAUCAGUGUGAGAGCAGUUGGGUGGCAUAGUGCCAGAGACCCGGUUUGAUCCUGACUACGGGUGCUUUCUGUAUGGAGUUUGGACUUACUCUCCGUGACUGGGUUUUCCCCAGGUACUCCGGUUUCCUCCCACACUCCAAAGAUGUUCUGGCUUGUAGGAUAAUUGGCCUCAGUAAAAAUUGUAAAUUGUCCCGAGUGUGUAGGAUAGCGCCAGUGUACGGGGAUCGUUGGUCGGUGCAGACUCUGUGGUCCUGUUUCUCUAAACCAGUCACCCACACUCUUAUUCUUAUGAAUGGGCUGUACAAAAGUUUGGUGUUUGUAAACUGGGGAGGACCUGUAUGUAAAAUUGUUUUUAUUUUUAUCAAUUACAAGGGCCAUAUUUGUUUUGGAUCAGUUUAGUUUUAAACUAACUUUACCCAGUAAUCAAAGUUUAAUAAUAAUUGAAAAUGCAAUUAUUAAUGAACGCUGGAUUGUUCUUUUGCUUUAAAUUUAGGAAUCAGAAUAUUUCCUGUUAAUCUGCACUAAUGCUGGAAAAGGUUGCAUGAAUACACCAAAAGUUAAUUAUUUGGUGUUUUAACUAUACGAGGAAUGCAAACAAUAAACAUUUUGAUUUCUUUAA